GUCACUGUCAAAAUUGAUAACUAUAAACUUUCAUUAUUCAUAAAUAUUUGCUAUAAUUUUCAGCUGAUUUCUUUCUAUCCCUAAAAUGUUCUUAUAGAUUUCUAACAGCUGCCAUAUUACAAUAAAUCUAUCUAAACAUUAACCUGCAUUGCAAAGUUUGAACAAAACUAGUACAAUGAAGGUAUUGACGAUUUUAUCACUCUCAAAAACUGCAUUAAACUUUCUUAAACCAAAGAAGGUAUGUACAAUAAUUCAAGAAAACCAACGCCGCAGCCUUAUGUCCAAGCAGCUUAUAUAUCAAGAAUUUGGUGAUCCUCUACAAGUGGUUAAAUACAGAGAAUGUGAAGUUCCACCUCUCGGAAGUCAGGAAGUGUUAGUUAGAAUGCUAGCUGCUCCAGUCAAUCCAGCAGACAUUAAUACGAUACAAGGAAAGUAUCCAGUCAAGGUUGAGCUUCCUUCUAUUCCUGGAAAUGAAGGAGUAGGUUGUGUAGUUGAAGUGGGAUCUGAUGUGAAAGACAUAAAGAAAGGAAACAAAGUAAUUGUCACAGUUCCAUUGCAGGGUACAUGGAGAAACUUGGGAACAUUUCAAAAAUCGUCUCUGUUAGUAGUUCCAGAUGUAUUAGGUAAUGUUGAAGCAGCAUCACUCACUGUUAAUCCUUGCACAGCAUUAAGAAUGCUUUGUGACUUUGUUUGUCUAAAGGAAGGUGAUGUUGUCAUACAAAAUGGAGCGAAUAGUGCCUGUGGUCAAAAUGUCAUACAAAUAUGUAAAGCGUGGGGUAUCAAGACAGUAAAUGUUGUUAGAAAUAGGCCAGAAAUUGCAGAAUUAAAGAAGUAUCUACAAGAUCUAGGAGCCACAUAUGUUUUCACGGAGGAGGAAAUGCGAAGUAUUACCAUAUUCAAAGGUGAAGUUAAGAAACCACAGCUUGCUUUGAAUUGUGUGGGUGGCAAAAGUGCCACACAAUUAUUUAGAUAUAUGGAUCACGGUGGUAUAAUGGUCACUUAUGGAGGUAUGUCAAGGGAACCUGUAAUUGUUCCCACAUCAGCAUUUAUUUUCAAAAAUACAAGCUGCAGAGGAUUUUGGAUGACAGCAUGGAAUAAAAAUGCUCCAGAGGCAGACAAAGAAAGAAUGCUCCAAGAAAUUAUUAAAUUAAUGUUAUCAAAGCAACUCAAGGCACCAAUACACAAAAUGGUUAAGUUUGAUAAUUAUCAGGAAGCUUUAAAAAAUGCACUCACACCUCAGGGAUUUGCAGGUUGUAGAAAUUUUUGCUUGCCUAAGUUGCCAAGUGUACCAGGAGAUGAAGGUGUGGGUGAAGUUGUGGAAAUAGGAAGCCAUGUGUGCACAGUAGAACCUGAUGAAAGGGUUGUCAUCACUUCUAAAAUGAUGGGUACUUGGCGUUAUUACGGUAUUUACAACGAAAGAGACAUUCAUGUCAUAUCACCUAAUCUACCCCUGCCAGAGGCCUCUAUGCUAACUACUUCACCUUGUAUGGCUUAUAGAAUGUUAAGAGAUUUUAGGAAACUUAAACCAGGUGAAACUGUUAUACAAAAUGCUGCAAAUAGUGCAUGUGGACAAUCUGUAAUCCAGCUUUGUAGAGCUUGGGGUCUUAACUCAAUAAACAUAGUCGCCAACCACUGUGGUUUUGAAACUGUUAAAAAGAAUUUGUUAAAUUUAGGAGCAACAGUAGUUUACACCCUUGAAGAAGCAGAAGAAUUGUCUAGUUUUACAACAUCUUUAACAAGACCUGUACUAGCCCUAAACUGCCUCGGAGGCAGGUAUGAAGAUGUCAUGCUAAAACUUUUAGAAUGUAAUGGCACUAUUGUUUAUUAUGGAUUUGCAUUUGAUUUGCCACUUGCAAAGUGUUGUCUGAGGCCUGAUAUAUACUACAAUAAGUUUCAUUUGUGUGAUUGGGACGCUAAUGCUACACCCGUUCAAAAAGAUAUCAUGAUAAACAAUAUCAUACAAAUGAUGGUAAUUGGCGACUUUAAAGCUCCCAUUCACGAAUCGCUAGAAUUAAAAAAUUAUGUUCAUGCAUUUAGAAACACUGUCCCCUGUGAAGCAUUUUCAGUACUUAAUUACAUAUUUGAUUUU